GUGACGGCAAAAAGCUCAACAGUGCAGUCAGUCACUGUGCUCCACAAGUACUAUCGACACGACGUGAGUAGACUACGGGGCUGUCAAAAUAAGAUACGGUUUGGCCGACCGACCGACCGACCGUCAACCUCGGAACGACCAGGACGACUGAUAUAUCGUGUUUGGGGGUUUUCUCGCACGCUGAGUCCAAAUCUGGUAGUGCCGAUGUCGUCCGGGCCCCCGGGGACGUCAUUGGGGACCUCCCGAGCACGCCGAUGACACUCCCACGACAAAUACGAUUCGGCUCCGAACGUCGUUACACACGGGCUGGUGCAUAUUUCUUAAAAGUCACCAAAUAUAAUUAUUAUAAAUAGCAAAUCGCCCAUCAUAGUUUAUUAUCCUGAUCAUUUCACUGUUGUCACCAUGGCACUUUCCUUGGCGUUGCCGCCUGGAGCCACACAACGAUGCACGGGACAGGAAGCACCCCCAAAGGAUCACAUCCUGGACAAGCGAGGCGGGAUUGCCUACCCCAGCAGGAAAGAAUCACAAAUCCCGCGACCACGAUAUGUCGGAACUCGGCCCAGAAAUGUUCUUGACAUGAGCAAGAGAAGUCUAUGGAGUCAUUUUACCCAAAAGAAUAGGUGGGAUGACAUGACAGUAACCGCCAACGCUGGUCCAAUUUGUCUUGACUAUGAGGAGCUUCCUUUCGUGGCAAUUUGGAAAAUUGCAGGAAUUGGUUUGGAUUGGUGGGGCAGACUCCCUUUUCACAUGCUCUGUCUAAAUAUCAUGGUGCGACCCAAUACAGCGGAGUUCUUAGCCAGUGGGCCUAAGGUAGCCUACGUACCCACCCUUAGUUAAAGAGACCAGCUCUUACCAGCUCUUAUAAAACUCAAGUUUCUGUGGACAGGGGUGGUUUUUGACAGAAUCAAAGGUAGUUUUGUGGUGCCUGGUUCACCCCUGUCGAUUCGAAUACUCCUCCAUCGAAAUCCGGACCCAUCAAUUUAUAGCCUUUGUAAAUUUUGCCAAAAUGAAAAAAAAAUGAAAAUCGCUGGAAAUGGUUGGGAUUGGUUUGACAGCACCCUCUUACUAACUCUCCGUCGAAAUUUCGAGUCGCAGACC